AUUGGCAGGACGGGCGGCCCGGUCACGGCAAUGUUAGAUAUGUCACGUUAAGCCAUUGCUGGGGCCCCGAGGUAGACAACAAGCUCAAAUUAACAUCGAAGAAUAUUGCGGACUUCAAGAACAGUAUCCAACUCAGUACCCUUCCCCAGACCUAUCGCGACGCCAUAGAGUUUUCUGCACGUUUGCCUAGGGUGGGCUACAUCUGGAUUGGGACCGGAGGAACGGGAGGAUUGGCUCAAACAAUCCGCUACCAUGGACAAGGUCUACAGCGAGACGUUCCUCAAUAUCUCCGCAACUGCUGCAACAUCGAGCAACGGAGGACUGUUCUUUAGCCGGAGGCCUGAACUCCUUCUCGAGGACGAAGUCAUAUUGAAUAUUGAGGGACUUCCCGGCGCCAUUAGCAGGAAAUCAACCAGCGAGGCGGAGGUCGCAUUGUCUCCGACAUCAACUCCGUCUGCACUGGAAUGGUUCGAAGCAUAUUGGUUAGCAAGCUACCUGCUGCUGCUUCUGCGUCAACUCCACAUCAUUUUCGGGAGAUCUCUCGGCGUCGAGCAGAAGGGUGCUUUGGAGACGGAAGUCAGGAUUCAUUCCCGCGCCAACUCAAAAAGUGGUGGUGAAGUGGUAGCCACACGCGACAGUAGCCCAGCCCGUGACAGCGAUUUGGGCGAGCCCAGCGGUGAGAGCGACCGCAAAACCCUCCGACGUUGCACGAUCCUCGAUGUCUCUUUCUGGACAAACCACGUCGAUAGGGCCCCAGUGAAUCGACGAGGCUGGGUAUUGCAGGAGCGGCUUAUGGCACCCCGAGUCCUUCACUUCUGCCAUGACCAGGUGGCUUGGGAAUGUUCCGAGUUUGAUGCAGCAGAGGGGCAGCCUCAAGGGAUGCCUAACUUUCAGCUGACCUCGGAUGGUAUUGUGGAAGAGAGCCGGCUUAAAGGUCUUAACCCCAUAACAGACGGUAAGCGCCUUCGGCGCAUCCGACUGCAAGGACACGAAGACCCAGAUCUGCACCUGCAACCUGAGAUAUAUCCCCUAGAGCUCUGGCGGCGCAUCGUGGAAGUGUAUUCCAAAACGGCAAUCACGAACCCAGGAGACAAGAUGAUCGCUCUAUCCGGGAUGGCACGAUGGAUGGCCCGUAAGAUAGGUACGCCGGAGCGACCUGCAGAGUAUGUGGCUGGCAUGUGGAGAACGCAUCUAGCCAGCCAACUUCUGUGGAGGAUUGAGCCCGUCUUUCGCGAGAGCGAGAAAGAUAGUUUCUUCGAGCACCCUUCUACCGACCCUGACAAAUACCGAGCGCCAUCGUUCUCUUGGGCUUCUAUCAAUGCUGAAAAGGGCCACGGCGUGACCUACGCUGACAUAACCGAUCGGGAUCUUUUCAUCGAAGUGGAAAGUGUUACCAUUACCCUGGAGUCCGACGCAGACGAAUACGGAAUGAUCUCAUCGGGGGAUCUCAUCCUCCGAGGCAAGCUCCGAAAAACAACAUUCCAUAAGAAGCCUAAGGGUCGAUUCGGUUGGAAGCUAGUUGACCGCGAGGAACUAGACGCUGAAGAGCAUACCAACGUAUACCUGGAUUGCCCUACCCGCGAUUCGCAGCACAUUCAAGGGCCCGAGGCCGGUGUGUACGUAGUUCCGGCUGCAAAGGGGGAACGUACAGCGUCUGAGGAGUCCAAGUAUCUGACGUGUCUGAUCUUGCAGCUUGUCAAGGGUCAUGAGCGGGGACCUGCGUUCAAACGGAUUGGGCUCACAAAGCUGAGUCCUUGGGCGGACAACAAGGCUUUGCGAGAUCAGAAGAUUCUGGAGGUUUUCCCGAGCGAUAUCGAUAUGCCGCAUCAAGGAUAUGACGCUGAGACCGGGAUGCACCGCAUUCUCAUCAUCUAGUCAAGAUGCACCAUUGCAUGAGCUCUCCCGACCUUUCUACGACGUGUUCCACCUUGGGCGCUUCCACUGAACAGAUAGUGCACUCUGA